CAGCCUCGCUGCAGGUUGCCAUAACGGAAACCAGACAUGGUAACCUCUAGCUGGCCCAUGAGGCAACGAGGGACGGAUAGUGGUUGCACAUCUGCGUAGAAUCCGAAGGAAGACGGGCAACACGAAGGUAGAAGAUCUGCCCGUCGUCUUUAAAGACAUGGGUAUGGUCCAUUCCUUUGCAAACGCAUUUUGGCUCCGCCACCUAGACCAUCGCCCUCCCACCACACAUUCUUUCUCAUCUCAUUGUCGGCUUUGAGCCACUUGGAACAGCAUCGGAAAUCCCAAACAGACGACGCAGCCAUGUAUUCUAGUAGUCAAGGGGGAAGGGGAUCGCGGUCAUCCCGGGACUCUGAUUGGAGCUCGUUCACUUCCUACAGAGGCCGUGGUGGCUGGCGACAACCUCAGGUCGUCGAGCCCACUGCGCCGCCGCCGCUGGGUGAGCUGAUCGAGCGGCUGAACGCGAGCGACCUCGUGAGCGACAUGACACCAAACUCUGCGGACAAAAACAACGCCAAGAUCACCAACGGGGUCCUUGUGGCGUCCUUCAACUGGCGCAACGGCAAGAAGCCCACGAUUGUGGUUCCUGGCCGUCCACCCCGCUGGACUCCUCUGUCCGAGCCGAGGGAAAUUCCUGACGACCAUGGAAAGAUGGGCAGCAGGAAAUCUCUCAGCACGCGCAAGGCCUUCCGCGAUGAGAACUCGGGACGAUUCCCUCGGCACCCCAUCGAGCCAGCCAUCGUGGCCGCGCUCGAGAUGGACCCUUCGCUGCCCUCCGGGGACAACCGGCCCGACAUGGUCGCUUGCGGCAGCACUCUGGGCAGCCUGCUCCGGUUCGUAAGCGGUAAUGACAAGCCAUUCCGCAUGCUGGUGGAGGCGGUCGGCGAUACUGUCUUCCUCGUGCGCAGGGAGAACUCGCCCACGGAGCUGAUCCCCAACAUCCAUGGAUUCGGCCACUCUUUCCCCGAGCACUACACUACCUGGGACCAGGACGUCAAGGGCUCCAUGUCUCACCAGCGCGUGAUGCGCUACCGCUUCGGUGGAUUGCAACUCCUCGUCCGCUUCGAGGGCGACGGGUAUAUGGCGCAGGCUGGCUCCUCGGGCAAUAGCCAGUCUGUCAAGAAGGAGCUUUCCGAGAAGGCUUCGCCUUCCAGCGUUGAUGACCUCCUCGCUUCGCUGGAGCAGACCGCUGUGUCUCAGGCCGAGACAUCGACAGAUGCAGGGCUCCAGGUCCAGCGUGCAGGCGAGCUGACCGACCAGAGUCUCGUGUUCGACCUCAAGACACGAAGCAUCAAGAAGGUCGACAUGGACAUCCUCGGUGAGGAACUGCCGCGGCUGUGGAUCCGACAGAUGAGCAAGUUCAUCGUCGCAUACCAUGCGCGCGGCGUCUUCAACAAGAUCGACAUCAUUUCCGUAGAGGACAAGGUCAAGAAAUGGGAGGCGGAGAACAACGACAAGCUUACCAAGCUGGCCGCCCUCAUCCACCGCAUCCGGUCUCUGGCGGUCAAGAGACAGAAGAAUGGCGACGGCAAGUUUGAGGUGUGCUACUCUGGCGGCGCGCUCGAGUUCCGCAAGCAGCUGCCCGGCGCCGGCGAGGUCUUGUCCAGCAAGAUCAGGGCUGCUUGGGAAGCCAGUCAUGGAACUGCCUAUCUCGAUAGCCCUGACGACUCCGAGGAUGAAAAGAAAGACUACGACGACCACUACACGCACGCUGGAGGUUGGCGUGGAUCCUUGGGGCUCGGCUCCUUCGGUGACGACGACGAGAAGGGCGAAGACUUUACGGCUUGCACUGAUGAGUGCGGCUACUGUGGCCGCUGCACGUACUAAGCAAUUGCCGACCAGAGCAAGGGAUAAGGGGAAUGGCACAACAACAAGGAGGAGGCGCUUAUGUAACAAAAUCAGCACAUUCUUACACGAGGCCCACUUGGUGCGGGGCGCCACCAUGUUAGCGGCGGCAGUUGUGCCGCUGAUCUGAUUUGAUGCCUCACCGAAUGCUCCCAUCAAUUCAACCAUGCAUUUUCGCCAGCGGCAACGCAGGUGUCGGACGA